UGGGCGGGGCUGGCCAGCGGGCGCGGGAGGAAGUCACGUGGGCGCGCGGGCUCACAUGACUGGCCGCGCGAUGGACCCGCUGCCCUCGCCGGCAGUCGCUGCGGCAGCCGAGGCGGAGGCUGGCGAGGAGGCGGAUCCGCCGGCGACAGGCCCCCGAACAGUCCAGGUCACCGAGUGGUCGGGCCUGGAUCCCAGGCGAAUGCAGAUGCCGCAGGGGAAUCCGCUGCUGCUGUCCUACACCCUGCAGGAGCUGCUGGCCAGGGACACGGUGCAGGUGGAGCUCAUCCCCGAGAAGAAGGGCCUGUUCCUCAAGCAUGUGGAAUACGAGGUGUCCAGCCAGCGCUUCAAGUCCUCUGUGUACAGACGCUACAAUGACUUUGUGGUCUUCCAUGAAGUGCUGCUUCACAAGUUUCCAUACCGCAUGGUGCCAGCCCUUCCGCCCAAGAGAGUGCUGGGAGCUGACAGGGAGUUCAUCGAGGGCCGCCGGAGGGCCCUGAAGCGCUUCAUCAACCUGGUGGCCAGGCACCCGCCCUUCUCAGAGGACACGCUCCUGAAGCUCUUCCUGUCUUUCAGUGGCCCAGAUGUUCAGCACAAGCUCAGGGAGGCGGCCCAGUGCAUGGGAGAUGAGUUCACGAGCUGCAAGCUGGCUGCCAGGGCCAAGGACUUCCUCCCUGCUGACAUUCAGACUCAGUUUGCCAUGAGCCGGGAGCUGAUUCGAAAUGUCUACAACAGCUUCUACAAGCUUCGAGACAGAGCCGAGCGGAUCGCAGCCAGGGCCAUUGACAACGCUGCUGACCUUCUCAUAUUCGGGAAGGAGCUCAGUGCUUUAGGCUCCGACACCACCCCUCUGCCCUCCUGGGCUGCCCUGCACCUCAGCACCUGGGGCUCCCUGAAGCAAGCGCUCAAGGGCCUGUCUGUGGAGUUUGCGCUGCUCGCGGACAAGGCUGCACAGCAGGGUAAAAAGGAAGAGAAUGAUGUGGUGGAGAAGCUGAACCUCUUUUUGGAUUUGCUGCAGUCCUACAAAGACCUGUGUGAGCGGCACGAGAAGGGUGUGCUUCACAAGCAUCAGCGGGCACUGCACAAGUACGGCCUGAUGAAGAGGCAGAUGAUGAGCGCCGCGCACAGCCGGGAGCCAGAGUCCGUGGAGCAGCUGGAGUCACGAAUCGUGGAGCAGGAGAACGUGAUCCAGACUAUGGAACUCCGAAACUACUUCUCCCUGUACUGCCUGCACCAGGAGACACAGCUCGUCCACGCCUACCUGCCUCUCACCUCGCACAUCCUGGGGGCCUUCGUGAACUCCCAGAUCCAAGGGCACAAGGAGAUGAGCAAGGUGUGGAAUGACCUGAAACCGAAGCUGAGCUGCCUCUUCUCCGGACCUCACAGUGUGCUGACGCCACCCCGCUCCCCGCAGGAGGACGGCGUGUGUCCCCACUAGGGGCAAGGCCCACAGCAGAGCUCCCGUGGCCUCACUAAACCUCUUUGCAAACAGUGUCCCUGGCUGAUUCCCUUCAGGCAGCAGCCACUGCCCUGAGCUGCCUGUGGGCUGUGCUGGUGGUCUUUGUGCCUCCCUGCUCCUGGGCAGGAGGUCUGUGUCCCCUGUCUGCCCUGUGGCCUGCUGAUCAGGUCGGUAGUGGGAAGUUAGGGUGCUUUGGAAUGGUUUGUGCCCUGUGCCCACAGUGCUAAGGGCCUUUUGUACCCAGCAAGUGGUGUGUCUGGGGGAGUGUGGAAGGUCACUGAGUGCUGGGGGAGCCUAGGGGUUAACCUAGCAGCAAACAGGUUGAAGGACUGGCCUGCCCUAUGGCCUGGCAAGGAGCUGCUCAAUCCCUGAGGGUGGGAACGGGACCAUAGGCUAGGGCGUGCAGACAUUCUGGGAGGCGUGUUUGAGGCCAGGCGGGAAGUGUGCUGCAGGAGGGAGCGGAGUGUGCAGGGUUUGGUGCUUUGGAGGACAGAUUUCACUCCAGUGCUAUCCAUGGAGCCCAGGUCCACAGCCUCUCGAGGUCUACGGUAGAUCAGGGCUCGGGGUCCUUUCUUGUGUUGGGUUUUGGAGGGUGGGAGUGAGGAGGGCUUGUGGAGGAGCACCGGAGAUGGGCAUCCCUGUUGGGUGCCCAGACCUCAGGAGCAAGAGUGUGGGCUGCUUCCCACCAGGCUGUCGGGCAGCAGGUUCCACCUGGAUGUGAGCCGUUUCCUUUACCGAUCUCCCGCCCCUGUGUUUAGUGCUCCAGGACCCCAAGCCUGGCAAUGGAGCCUGCCUUUUCUCACACAGUCACUCCCAGACUGGGCUGUGGGUACCUGACUCCAAACUUGAGGUUCCACUCCCAGGGUGCAGCGGAACCAAGAGUCCCUGCACGCUUCUGGCAUCCUGCUGCCCAAGCUGUGUGCCACUCCACAGCAUGCCUGUGGCUGCCAGAAAGAUGGAGAAGCACAAGUAUCGCUGGAUCUCCCUCCUGCUUGCCCCUUUUCCUGGGUCGAGUGGGGCCCAGCCUUAGCCUUAACUGGACAGUCCUGGGGCCAGCAGAAUGGGAGUGAAGGGAACAGUUUCUCUGGGUGCUCCCUACUUUGAAUUAGCCUGCCUGGCUGAACAGCUGGGCAGGGGCAGUGGGGCUCUGGGUGAAGGGAGUCAGGAAGCUGAUGAUGUGGGCUCCGCUUGAUGGAUGAAGCACUUUAUGGACUGCGGGAAUCAGUUACUGCCACACCCAAUAAACUGGAAGUGUUUACA